GGGUAUUUCCCACCAACGACUAGCUGUCGAUUUUGUUGUCCAUCAGGGACAGUCUAUAGUUUAGAUAAUCCCUGUGUCCAUGUUCAAAGAAUGUAUUUUCAAGUUUAUCUGAAAAUAGACCAGAUAUCAUAAUGGUUUUCUUCAUAAGAGGGAGAACAACCAAGAUUUAUGCCAGCUUGAAAGCCAUGAAUUUUGCCACAUAACUUUUAGUUGGUUUUGACCGUUUGAAUGACAAUCUUCUACUGGGUAGAAUCCUGUCUAUAAUUAGCAAAGAAAUAAAGAAGAAUUUACUAUGGCGACUCUUACUGUAGAGGAAGACAACUACAUUCGGAUGAGUUUGUUGUUAACAGGAAUUUCUCCUCGUGCAGCUAGAACCUUCUUUGAUAAUGAAUUUGCUCCAGCAAGUUUAGAUGCGACAAUCAAGAAAGAGUAUAACAAAUUGCUUGACUUAAAAAAGAAACGUAUAAUCAACCAAUCACAGUGGAACCUUCUGUUGCCAAAAUUUCCUGAUGUUCCAGAUUCUAAAACAUUUGAUGUGACUUUGAUGACAACAUUACUGAGGAAUUUGACUCCAAUGAUCCCUCCCCUCUGUGGAUUUGACCGUUUACCUUCUGCAACGGAAACAACACAAGCUGCAGAUUUAGAAAGGAUAAAAUACUACAAAAAUUACCUAGCUCAUCUGGAGGGUGGCAAAAUAGACGCUACUUUCUUCAACACAGCAUGGACUGAUAUAACUGGUGCCAUUGGUAGAUUGGGUGGACAACAAAUGAAGCAUGAGUGUGACCAUUUGAAAACCAAGUCUCUAGAUCAAACAAACAGUCAAAAAAUGAUAGACGUCAAACGAUCUAAUGAUGAAAUCAUGGAGCUAAAGAAAUCGUAUGAAAUGUUACAGGAAGACCAUAGGAAAGUGACAAAAGAAAUGGAAAUUUUGAAAACUUCUCUGGAUGAUAGAGUACCAUUAAAUAUUAGAGAUGAGAGAAUUCCAGAAGAGAUGAGGAAGAUGGACCAACAUUCAAUAGAUAUUUACUUGAGGGCUUUAAAGUCUGGUUCUGAAAAGAAAAGGGACAUAAAUUUAGUAAUAGUGGGUAAAAAAGGGGCAGGAAAAACAUCAUUAGUACACAGACUUUUUGGAGAGGAAUUCACUAACUUGGAAAGUACAAAUGGUAUAGAAAUCCAUCGCAGACAAUGCAAAAUCAAAUCAAAUGAGUGGACAAGGAUAGGAGAAAAAGACAAAGACAAAGAAUCUGAUAUUAACAACAGAAUAAUAGAUUCAAUUGUUCAACAAUUCCACAUCAACAGCAAAGAUCUAAGCACAUCAGUGUCUCCCCAUGGAAUUAUAGAGAGAAAAAAGGAAUAUCAAAAUAUACCAAAAUCAUUAGACAAAGAAGAAACUCCUAAUGAAAGAUUUGAACACAGAGAAGAUGUUUUUGGUGAAAGGGUUAAAGACCAAGGUGAUGUAAUUGCUGUCAGUGUAAAAGAACCAACUUUAUCAGAAAGGGAUGACAGUCAUAAAACGCAAGAACAAAUUGCAACAGAAGAGCUUUCAGCCUUAUUCAAGUCUGGUGUAGUUUUGAAUGAUAAGGAUGAAAACCAUACCACAUUAACUUUAUGGGAUUUUGCAGGUGAUGAAGAAUUUUAUGCAACACAUCAAACUUUCCUUAAUCCUGAUGCUGUUUACAUUUUGGUAACAAAUUUAAAUGACAGAGACGAUGAUAAUGAAAACCAUAAACAUGCUACUUUCAAAUUUUGGAUGGACACAAUACACUGUUAUGGAUGCAGAGCAGACAAAAAUGAAGUUGGUCCUAUUAAUCAAGAUACUGUACUUGACCCAGCUGUAAUUUUUGUUGGCACACACACAGAUGAAUUACAGAAUCAAGACGAAUGUUCAACGCAAAUAGACUCUCACAUGAAAAAACUUUCCAAAGAUACAAGGCUACAUUUGAGAACAUGUCAUCAGAUUUCCAACAAAAAUGAUGGUAAUGAUAAGUUUCAGAAAAUAAGAGAAGAUAUAUUUGCCUUAGCAACCAACAGCAAAACAGCAGAGAAGGAAUAUCCUGUAAAAUUUAUUCAACUAGAGAGAGUUUUACAUGCUGAAUAUACAUCAGAAAAACAUGUACGGAUCCUUUCUUUCAAUAGAGUCAAAGAAUUAGCUUCUAAAAUAUCUAUUCCAAUUACAGAGGAAGAUGAACUCAAUCUUUUUCUAAGAUAUCAAAAUGAAAUUGGUAACUUGUUGUAUUUUAAUGAUAUCCCAGAGUACAUCAUACUGGACCCACAAUGGCUGGCAGACGCUUUCAAAUGCAUAGUAACUGCCACAAAGUUUCAGGAAAAAUUACCCUGGUUCAUCGAGUGGAAAGAAGUAAAAGAAACUGAAAGAUAAAAUCGAAUUUGAUGCAAGCAAUAUUUAAUUUACAGCAAGCUUAUAUUAAGGAUCAUCAAAGCCAUUUAAUUGCUGUAAUGGAAAAGUUUGACAUUAUAAUAAAUCCUGUGGAUCAGACGAACAGAGAUCCUACAGACAAAGAUGUUUUUUUCUACAUUCCAUGUAUGAUGCAAGUGAAUAAGAUUGAAGAAGUGGACAAAUUGUUUGAGGUAGAAGAUGAAUAUAAAUCUACAUGCUUAUGCUUCAUUUUCAACUUUCUGCCACCUUAUCUUAUUAGCCACCUCAUUGUCUCAUGUCUACGAAAAUAUACAGUAGCAUUUGCUCAACAGCAGGAAGGACUCUUUAAAGAUUGUUGUGUAUUUGAUGUAUCUGAAUGUGACUGUACAAAAUUACUCCUAGUUAAGUGCGGUAGUAUGAUAGAGCUUCAAAUUUGGCAAUGGGAUAAAGAAAUACCCUGUCAGUAUGAAGACAUUUUCUGCUUUAUUAAAGGUGAAAUAGAUAGAAUCAUCAACACUAGAAAUAGAAUGACAACUGUGUCUUUUGAAAUUAAAUGGAAAUGCAGUUUAACUAGUUAUACUUGCGAGUAUGGCUUCAAAGAUUUUGGCAAAGUGGAAGAUGGAAAAGAAUUUCAUUGUAGUGAACACAAAAGAAAGCAUAGAUAUAAAGACGACUGGUUUGGUGAUACAUCUAAGAAAUCUGGAGGCAAAUUACCUGCUGGACUUAGAGAAAUUGAUGAAGAAGCUGGACCAGCAAAGAAAAAACGUAAAGUUGUAAACAGGGUAGUCCGACCAACAUUAGCUGAUCGAUCUAGAGGUGUCAAUUCUUCUUCUAUCACAAAGAAAUCUGGAGGCAAAUUACUUGCUGGACUUAGAGAAAUUGAUGAAGAAGCUGGACCAGCCAAGAAAAAACAUAAAGUUGUUAGCAGGGUAGUCCGACCAACAUUAGCUGAUCGAUCUAGAAGUGUCAAUUCUUCUUCUAUCACAAAGUUGAAAGUCAUUUUCCAGGAAGGUAUGAGUGUAGUAUCAAAUAUAUCAGAAGAAUCACCAAAAGCAGGCAGUUUGACAGGGUUCUCCAAGGAAGAGAUUAAUUUUGCAAAGAUGGGGAUGAUUGUACUGAAUGUUCUUGUAAGCGUUUUAUAUGAUUUGCUGAAAAAAGACACAACAAAUAUGCGUCCUAGGAGUGAAAGUGACAUAACAUACCUGUAUGAUUUGCUCAGGAAGUUGAAUAAAAAUGUUCCUAGUAAUUCUAGCAACCGCCGAUGGGGACCAUGGGGAGGUAAAUGGCAAGAUAUUCAGAAAACAGACUUGGCUAUUGGCGAUGAUAUUGAGCGCAUACGACUUACAAGGAAUGAAAUACUGCACUCCAGUGAAUUUAUCCUUGAAGAUAAACGCUACAAUGAGUUGUGUGGUAUUAUAGUUGAUAUAUUGAAACGAUUUGAUCAACAUAAUCAGCCAUCUCCAGAAUUGUAUACGGACCAAAUGAAUAAAAUUUUGGCCAAAACGAUUUCUGAAGAGGAAGUAAAAGAUGUGAAGCAUCAAAUACAAAAUAAGUAUCGUGCAGAAAUGGGAAUUGAAAUCGAACUUGAACAUCAAAUGAAUGUUCAACCACAUUAAAGAGAAGAUCAUCAUAUUCCUUUGAUUGUAUUUAUAGAAGAAGAUUAUGUAUCAUAUUCAUAUAAGAAAAAGAUUACCAUUGACUUGAUACAGACAAUAUCCAAUAUGAAUGCUGCUGAAAAAAGAAAUUGUAAAUAACUAUAUUGGGACAGAAUUACAGUAAGAAAUUAUAGUCAUGCAAAUAAUGGAUUUCCUGUUUUUAUUAAUUUGUUAGUUAAAAAAAAUGAUAAUAAUAAUGUUAUGUUAGAAUUGUGUCCUUUGUAAUUAAUACUUUUACUAUAACAACUGAAAUAUACAGUACACCCAUUUCCACAUACAUAUAUUUUGAUAGUAUCUCCUUGAAUAUCUGCAAUUAUGAUUAAAUAGUCUUUAUUGCAUAUUAUAUGGGCAUAAGAUCACAACAUAACACUCGUCUGAAAGUGAUUCAUGGAAAGUGACUCUCUAAUAAACAUUUAUUUGUACAUUCAUCAUAGCAUAUCAAUAUUUUAUGUUUGCAAUAUACAUUUACCAGAAUAUAUUUAAUUUGAUUUACUUUAUUUAGUUUAUUUAUACAGAGGAUGUUUCAAAUUAAAGCUUUAAGACAAAGCUAAAAAGUAAAAUCACAAAACUACUGAACUCCGAGGAAAAUUCAAAACGGAAAGUCCCUAAUCAAAUGGCAAAAUCAAAAGCUCAAACACAUGAACAACUCUCAUAUUCCUGACUUGGUACAGGCAUUUUCUCAAGUAGAAAAUGGUGGAUUGAACCUGGUUUUAUAGCUAGCUAAACCUCUCACUUGUAUGACAGUCGGAUAAAAUUCCAUUAUAUUGACAACGAUGUGUGAACAAAACAAACAGACUAAUAGGUAGAAAUGUAAAAAAUAGGGGUACAGCAGUCAACAUCGUGUUAUUAUCUUAAUCACUAAGUGAGGUUGAGGAAUUUUGUACAAUUUUGGUAAUAUGAUUUUGAAGUUUAAAUAUUUUUUUUUUCCUUUUGAUUGUUAGCUCACCUGGCCCGAAGGGCCAAGUGAGCUUUUCUCAUCACUUGGCGUCCGUCGUCCGUCGUCCGUCGUCGUCCGGCGUCGUCCGGCGUCGUCCGGCGUCGUCCGUCGUCGGCGUUAACUUUUUACAUUUUGAACUUCUUCUAGAGAACCACUGAAUGGAAUGAAACCAAACAUGGCAUUAAUGUUCCUUAUGAGGUGCUGACCAAGUGUUGUUACUUUGUAGCCGAUCCAUCAUCCAAGAUGGCCGCCAGCGGGGGACUUAGUUUAACAUAGGACCCUAUGGGAAAUGCAUACAAAUGACUUCUUUUAGAGAACCACUGAAUGGAAUAAAACCAAACAUGGCAUGAAUGUUCCUUAUGAGGUGCUGACCAAGUGUUGUUACUUUGUAGCCGAUCCAUCAUCCAAGAUGGCCGCCAGCGGGGGACUUAGUUUAACAUAGGACCCUAUGGGAAAUGCAUACAAAUGACUUCUUUUAGAGAACCACUGAAUGGAAUAAAACCAAACAUGGCAUGAAUGUUCCUUAUGAGGUGCUGACCAUGUGUUGUUACUUUGUAGCCGAUCCAUCAUCCAAGAUGGCCGCCAUCAGGGAACUUAGUUUAACAUAGGACCCUAUGGGAAAUACAUACAAAUGUCUUCUUUUAGAGAACCACUGAAUGGAAUGAAACCAAACAUGGCAUGAAUGUUCCUUAUGAGGUGCUGACCAAGUGUUGUUACUUUGCAGUCUGUCCAUCAUCCAAGAUGGCCUACAGCAGGGGACUUAGUUUAACAAAGGACCUAUGGGAAAUACAUACAAAUGUCUUCUUUUAGAGAACCACUGAAUGGAAUGAAACCAAACAUGGCAUGAAUCUUCCUUAUGAAAUGCUGACCAAGUGUUGUUACUUUGUAGCCGAUCCAUCAUACAAGAUGGCCGCCAGCCGGGGACUUAGUUUAACAUAGGACCCUUUGGAAAAUACAUAAAAAUGUCUUCUUUUAGAGAACCAAAAAAUGGAACGGAACCAAACAUGGCAUGAAUGUUCCUUAUGAGAUGUUGACCAAGUGUUGUUACUUUGCAGCCGAUCCAUCAUCCAAGAUGGCCGACAGCGGGGGACUUAGUUUAACAUAGGACCCUAUGGGAAAUACAUUCAAUUGUCUUCUUUUAGAGAACCACUGAAUGGAUUUGAACCAAACAUGACAUGAAUGUUCCUUAUGAGUUGCUGACCAAGUGUUGUUACUUUGCAGUCGAUCCAUCAUCCAAGAUGGCCGCUAGGGGGGGGGGGGGGCUUAGUUUAACAUAGGACCCUAUGGGAAAUACAUACAAAUGUCUUCUUUUAGAGUACCACUGAAUGGAAUGAAACCAAACAUGGCAUGAAUGUUCCUUAUGAAGUGCUGACCAAGUGUUGCUACUUUGUUGCCGAUUUACUGUUCAAGAUGGCCACCAGGAUAUUUUAUUAAAUAAUGGGACCAAUAUUAAUCAAAAUUUGGCCUCAAUCAUUAUUUGGGUAUCUGUUAUGAUUUUUAUCUAUCUUUACAUGAUUUCUAAAACCAAAGUAGAGUCAGGUGAGCGACACAGGCUCUUGAGAGCCUCUAGUUAAAUUAUGUUUGAAUAUCUAUUUUUUUUUUAAAGAUUAAGAAAAUGAAAAAAGCUUGUAACUUUUUUAACCUUAAAUAUUUUUUAUUUAAGCCCAUACUCUAUAUUGCUGUUUUAUUUUUAAGUCCUUACAUUUUCAUUAUUAUACCCCACGCAACGAGUUGCGGAGGGUAUAAUGUUUUUGACCCGUCCGUCUGUCCGUCCGUCCGUCUGUCCGUCCGUCAGUCCGUCAGUCCUGUUUCUUUUCAUCGCAACUCCUCUCAAACCUCUUGAACUUCUUUACUUUAAUGUACUACUGCAACAGUUUGUCAUCGCAACUCCUCUCAAACCACACAACAGAAUUUCAUGAAACCUUUUCAGAUAAUAAGGACAUACUACGUAGAUGUGCAUAUUGACAGGAAAUUACGAUUCAAUUUUCUUUCCAGGAGUUACGCCCCUUUGAACUUAUUUGCCCAAUAUACUACUGCAACCUUUUGUCAUCGCAACUCCUCUCAAACCACACAACAGAAUUUCAUAAAACCUUUUCAAAUAAUAAGGACAUACUGUGUAGAUGUGCAUAUUGACAGGAAAUUAUGAUUCAAUUUUUUUUUCUGAUACAAUUUUUUUUCCUUACACUUAUUUUAUUUCUCCAAUAACAAUUGCGGGGACGUGGGGUAUGUGAGCGCGCUCACUAAGGUUCUUCAAUUUUUAAUGUGACAUAAUUCUCAUGUUUAACAUUAUUGAUAUUUAUAUUUAGUUUCUUAUUGACAACAUAUUUGUUGAAUUUGGUGGUAUACUUUUUAAAAAAUUGUUGGCUUCCUAUGCGAACAAACUGUGCGCCUCUCCUUGCCGACCUCUUUUUUUCAUAUGAGUCGGAGUUCCGUCAGACACUUUUAAAAAACAAGAUCAAAGAAGCCAGAUCAUUUAAUUUUACAUUAAGAUAUAUUGAUGAUGUUCUUUCCAUUAACAAUCCAAACUUUUUCUGAUUGGGUUCCAUUAAUAUAUCUUCCAGAACUAGAAACUAAGGAAACAACAGACACGGCUUCCUCCGUCUCAUGUUUAGACUUAUAUCCCGAAUUUGACACAAGCCUUCAUCUCAGUACCAGAAUCUAUGACAAACGAGACGAUUUUAAUUUUGAAAUUAUCAAUUUCCUCCACCUUAGUAGCAAUAUACCAAUUUCACCUGCAUAUUGGAUAAACAUUUCCCAACUCAUUCGGUAUUCAAGAGCUUGCAGCUGCUACUCAGACUUUAUAAAACAUCACCAGUGUCUAAACAGAAGGUUGAUGAACCAGGGUUAUGUCAAAGAACGUCUCAACCUUUUUCUAAAAAAAAGUUCAUCGAAAGAUACCAAGACCUUGUUGAUAAAUAUACUGUAUCAACUUCAAAAAUAAUACAUGAUGGUCUUGAAGUAUAGAUUCUAAGUCCUGACGUUGUUUAUCAUCUUUUAAUUACGUCUUAUAUUGUUCUUUUAUUUGUCUUUAUAAAUUAUUAACCUUUACUGUUUAGUCCAUUUUUGGUUAUAUCCUUUUGGCGUGGCACGGUACUUAUGCAUCCUGCCAUUGUGUUGUUGUGCUGCGGUCAUUUUUUGUAUUCUUUUCUUUCAUUUUUGCUUAUGUGCUUUGUCUAUAUGCCAUUUUGUUUUUCUUUGUAGACAUAUUUCUUUGUUUUUUGUGAUUAAGAUUAUAACACAAUGUUGUCAAUAUAAUGGAAUUUUAUGCAACUGUCAUACAACUGAGAGGUUUAACUAGCUUUAAAACCAGGUUUAAUCCACUAUUUUCUACAUAAGAAAAUGCCUGUACCAAGUCAGGAAUAUGACAGUUGUUUUCCAUUCGUUUGAUGUGUUUGAGAUUUUGAAUUCUCCAUUUGAUAAGUGACUUUUUGAUUUGAAAUUUCCUUGGAGUUCGGUAUUUUUGUUAUUUUACUUUUUGUAUUUAAGUUAUUUAAAAGGGUUUUUUAAGAAGUUGUAUAUUCAGUGUCUUGUGAGUCAAUGUUGGCUUGGUAUUUGUCUUAUUGUGUGACUGUAUUUUUGCAUAUAUUUUACAUGUUAAAGUAUUGCUAUUUUAAUUUCAGCGUUUGCAUUUUACUAUCAACAAAGAGACAAGGUAUACCUCAGUGUCAACAGUUUUACAUUUAUUGAUUAAAAAUUUAAUAAUGAUUGUAUUUUAAAAAGUGAAUUGAUAUUUCAUAAUGAUAAAAUGAUUUAUUGAGUUUGGCAUAUUACAAAUUGUUGCAAAGUACAAACAGUUGAACAAUUAUUUUAUGUAAGUUACCUUGAAUGAAUUCAUGAAUUGUAAUUUGUUUAAUUCUUAUUUCACAUUGGAUACCAAGGACGCUAUACUUUAUAUUGAUGUAAUUACCCAAUCAAUGCACCUGGUCUUGCUAUUUGUGGAGUUCAUUAGAUUCCCUCAUUUUCUAUUUGUUACCUUGAUUUUUCUCUUCCUUCUCGAUUUAAGAGAUUUGAAUAUCUGUAAACUACUUCACAUGUCGCCUUAAUCUAACUAUUUGGUAGUUGUAAAUGCCGAGUGGAGAUAAAUCAUUAUUUCUGUUUUUACCAGGAAAUCUGGGUCCAUAUGCAUAAAAUAUCUUAACUUGAGUGUUUCUUAAACUUGGAUUUUACUUAAUUCCUAAGUCGUAUGCAUACAAUUACUUAAUAAAACUGAGAAUGGGAAUGGGAAUGUGUCAAAGAGACAACAACCCGACCAAAGAGCAGAAAACAACCCAAGGCCACCAAUGGGUCUUCAACACAGCGAGAAAAUCCAGCACCCAGACUUCACUUAACUAAGGAGAACUUGAAUCAGCUCCUUUUUUUCUAAUUACCAUUUGAUAUGUGUUAGCACAUCGCAUUUAUUCAAACAUGCAAAACUUUGUUUUGAUUAUUUACUGUGAUUGAACAAUGCAUACUUUUGUAACAAAUAAAUAAUUUAAAUAGUUUAAUCCACCAUUUUCUACAUGAGAAAAUGCCUGUACCAAGUCAGGAAUAUGACAGUUGUUAUCCAUUCGUUUUGAUUUUACAAUUUGAUUAGGGACUUUCCUUUUUGAAUUUUCCUCGGAGUUCGGUAUUUUUGUGAUUUUACUUUUUAAUGGUGGUGUGUAAUUGAAUUAGAAAUAUAUAACAAACUAAAAUGUCUAAAUGAAUGUCAAACUGGGGGGUAAGAGAAAAGAUUGUUUUAAUGUAGAGGUCUGGUUUUAAUGGAAGAGAGUGGGAAAAGGGCUUUGUAGUAAAUAACAACCAUAUUGGAACUUAAUAAGUACAGAAAGUGCCAUGUUAAGAUAGAUAACAACACACAAGGAAGCAGGACAACGGAUGUUUGGGGUGGUGAAUGUAAAGUAUCAUAUUAUUUCGAAAAUAUCCACUAGCAAUUUUUUAAACAAAUAUUGAAUAACAAAAUGGCGAAGUGAUUAGUACUCUAUAAAAUCAACUUGUAGCAAAUCGUUCAGCUUAAGAAUGCUAUAUGUAAGUAAUAUAUUAACUUCCAUAAACAGGAAUUCCAACUUAUCCUGUUUAACAAUCACAUUUGUCCCAUCUCUACGGAACUGAUCAUUCACCUUCUUGGGUGUUGCUUGUUGGAGGGGGAUGUUUUUUUUCUUUCAAUACAACUCUAACAAAACAGGAUCUAGAUUUGUUUAGAUCAUUUUUACUCUUCUCUAAUAAUUACCAUUAGAAUGUGCAUAUGUAUGUGUAUAUAACAAUAAUAUGUUUGCCUUUAAUCUUCUGACAACAAAAUCAAUAUUCAUACCAAUAAAAACAAUAUUUAACAAUCUAAGUACAGUGUUAAAUUUGUCACCUUUUAGAAUAAGUUUAUUUAAAGGAUCGAUUAGUUUACCCGGAUCGUAUCUAAAUUUCCGGGUUCGGUAAAUAACAUGUCCGUAAAAAUUAGGAUGUGCUAUCCCUUUUGAAAUAAUUUUUCUACAAGUACAACCAAAUUUAUAAACUAAAUUAUAUGUAAAGAACACAUGCUCUGUAAUUUUAUUUAGAUAGACCUGUAAUCUAUAUAUACAAACCACCAUACAUUUGUAAAUAUCGUAUAUCAACCCAUCAUUUAAGGAUAGAAACAGGCAGAUAUUAUAAUGUUGAUAAAAUAAUUGAUUAUGUUCAAAUUCUAACACUAGCUCUAUUAAAGAUGCAUACCGGUAUUUUAUACUUGAAUGUCAUAAAUAUAGUCAAAUUCGUGAAAAGUAUAUUAAAAAUUAUUAUUGGAGAAAUUCAUCUGCACACAAACGUAUCCAGUUUGUUAUCUGUCAGAAAUAUUAAAGAAUUGAAUAAUUUAGGUAUAUUUUUAAAAACAGUAAUUAAAAAACACUUAGAAUUUAAUUUCAUGUAUAUAGUAUAUUUGUUCUCAAAUAUUGUGUUUAUGAAAGUACACAAUGUAUGUCAUUCUCCCCUCGUAUUACGUAUUUUUUAUUAUGUAUUAUAUUGUUUUUCAUGUACACUUUUAUAUUUAUAUAUUGUGUAACUCGAGAAUAUUUUGUAAAUUUAAAAUUCAUCGGCCUAUUAUUGGUGCAUAUGAAAUUAUUAUCAUUAUGUGUAUGUAUCUUAAAAGCUGUAUUUGCUUAUGGAACAAAGUAUUGUCAUUAUUAUUAAAUGAAACAAAGUCUUGUGUAAUAAAUGCUGCAUUUUAAAAAAAAACAUGUUUACAAAAAACAUUUAGAAAAAUCAUAUUAGUAGAUCAAUUACAAUAUAAAAUUUGCAGAUCCGCUACUUACACAAUUACUACAUAAGGAAAUGCCUGUAACAAGUCAGGAUAAUGAGAGUUGUUUUCCAUUUGUUUGAUGUGUUUGAGCUUUUGAUUUUGCCAUUUGAUAAAGGACUUUCAGUUUUGAAUUUUCCUUGCAGUUCGGUGUUUUUGUUAUUUUACUUUUUUUAAAGAAAUGCUCCCCUUGGAAAUAUUAAUAAUAUGAAAAAAUUGCAUUGUAACUGCUCUCAAGCAUAUAUUGCAUGAAGGAUUGUUAGGAAAUUUAUAUCGAAGGUUUAUAUCGGUAAUGUCUGGGACAAUUUGAAAGGUCAGCACUUAUCUUUUUUUUUUUUAGGAGUCAUGUUCCUUAGAAAAGUAAAUUCUAUAGAAAAUUGCAUUGAAAGUGCUGUCAAGUGUAAAAUUCUUGGUAAAUAUUAAUGAAAUUUAUAUCAAAGGUUUAUAUAAACAAUAUCUGGAACAAGUUUAAAAAUCAGCACUGAUCAAUUAUUCUUUCAGGAGUGAUAUCCCUUAGAAAAUUGAAUUGUAAGCACUCUCACUCCAACAUUUCUUGUAGGAUUGUUUUGAAAUGUAUAUCAAAGGUGUUUAUCAACAAUUUCUCGGGUGAGUUUCAUAAUCAGCGCUGAUCUAUUAUCUUUACAGGAGAUGUGUCACUAUGAAAUGUACUGUAUAUAAACUCAUCGUAGAUAAUGUACCAGGAUUACAAUUUUGUACGCCAGACGCGCAUUUCGUCCUUAAAAGACUCAUCAGUAACGCUCGAAUAAAAAAAGUCUAAAAGGCCAAAUAAAAUACAAAGUUAAAGAGCAUUGAGGACCCAAAAUUCCCAAAGGUAUUUGCCACAGCUAAGAUAAUAUACAUGUAUUCCUAGAGUAGAAAAUCCUUAGUAUUUCGAAAAAUUGAAAGUUUAUAAACAGUAUAUUGAACAUUGCAUUGUAAGCACUCCCACACAUACAUUUUAUAUGUUUAAUUUUUAAGUUUAUACCAAAGACUUAUAACAGCAAGGUUUUGGAAGAGUGCUGACCAACUAUUUUUACAGAAGUUUUGCCCCUUGGAAAUAGAAAUAUUGCAAUCGAUCUCAUGCCUACAUUUCUCUAAGAUAUUUAUAAAAAGUUUAAAAGAACCACAAAAAAAUGUUAAGUUAUUGCCCCUGGACAGAUAAAGUAUGUGCAACGCAAGGGACAUUGGAACUCUGUUCUUUUAUUUUAUUUGGAAAGUAUAUAAAAAUUAGGUGUCACAUUUCAUGCGAUUUGGUUUAAGGAAAUAAUAAAGCAUAUAUCUAUUUGUUUUAAUGCUUUAUUUAUCAUUUCCGUAGCAACCAGUUAUAUGUUUAAACAAUUGAAAUUGAUUAGAUAAGAUUUGGUUUGUUUCAAAUACUGCUCUUGAUGUAUUAAAUAAUUCCUAAAAUCAUGUAAAGCUGUUUCACUUUAUAAGAUAGAAUUUUGGGCAAGUAUUCAUUAAAUGGUUAAAUUGGGCAUAGAGAGUUACGACCCUUGGUUGUUCUUAUUUUGAAAUUGUUAAUUAAGAAUCAAGUGAAACUGCUAAUAUAUUGUGGAACAAUUGAUUUAUUACUUUAUAUUGUUGAUUUCAAGAAUAAACAUCUAUAUUUA